CGAGCGCUGUAUUUUUGAGACGCGUGAGUGUCGCUAUCCAUCGUCUUUCGUUUAUUUCGUGAUACAGUUUACGACUGCUGUUGAGCGAUUUUUCUCCUGUGUUGCAACCGGCGCAGCAUGUUGUCCUGGGUACGGCUAUGAUUUUGACAUCACCGGCCCACCAGCCGUAUUUCUUUAUCAAAGUACAGCCUAGUUCUUGUUCACAGCUUGUUCUCUGCUUCACAAACAACAAGAUGAGAAAAGACAACAGCAACCGCGACCGCGCAACCGCCCGCGGCACUCUUUCCGAGAUCAUCGGGUGUUACGCGAAAACCGCUUCGAACCAAUCCAGCAGCUUGAACCCGGAAAGCUCGCUGAACUAUCCCCGGAGGAGAACAAACAGAACUGGUAACAAAACCUCCCAAAUACCGCCACCGUCGGUAAUCCCCUCCAGUAGAACACCAUCCGAAAGAACCGGGCCAACGCCGCGGUUGCAACAACUGCAGCAAAAACCAAGACAGAAAGAUUACGUCGCCCCUGUACAUCUACAACAUGAUCAGCCACAAAUAGAUCUGCAGCAGCCCCCCUUCCUUUUCGCGCCUCAGGAAAGGAAGAGCAGAGCCACCAGCUCCAACGCUGGAGCUGGUGCUGACCGGAGCCAAGCCCCUCUCCCUGCUCCAGAACCACAGCAGGAUGAAAUAACAGUCGAACUGUCACGUUCCACCGGCGCAUAUUACGAGGGCGGUGAGCAAGGUGGCACGACAGGAGUAGAGUAUGGCGACGGCGCCCACACGACAGGUGGCGCUUACUAUCCGGAUGGAGAGGGGGAGCAGUACCACGAGGGGUAUUACAACCACGACUACCAACAUGAAUACGGUGAAGAUCAAGAUCUUGUUCAGGGUAACUACUACGAAGAUCAUUACCAGGCCGAGGAACUGGAACAUGAGCCAGAUCUCCAUCAGGAUGAAGAUGAUGACCAAGAGCUGUUGUCAGACUCCUCUUUCCUGCAGUUUCACGACGAUGAUAACGUCGCAAAACUCCUGGAUCGCAACAUUACCCACGACCACGACGGGCACUGGGAUUUGAUCUACCAGCGACACGACAACGCGGUGAGAACGAAGCAGGAGAACAGCGAAAAGUCGGAGGGUUUUUUUGGCUCGCUGAAGAAAAAAGCGGGGAUGCGGGCGAGUUUGAACAAUUAUUUACCCAGUCCGGUGGAGGAUUUCCAAGAUUCGGAGGAAGAGAAAGGAAUAGAUGAAAACGCGAGGACAAACCCUGCAGUAUUAACUGGACAACAAGCCGGUCGUGGUGCUGAAGAUGAACAAAAAGGCACAGGAGCUACAGGCACAGCAGCAGCAGCAAACACAUCACCAUCAGGAGAUCUUCAAAUCGAUCUAGAAGAAGAGCAGCAACACCCACCGGUCGCGAAAACUAUCGAGAAGAACGAAAAUCGGCAGGUGCAGCACGACCACGCGGGCCACUGGGAGAUGAUGUUUAGCCGGGCGAAAGGGGGGGCGGUGAAGAAAAGAACCUCUCUUUCCAACGCGAACACGGGGUUGCCGCCUGGUGGUGCUCCUCCUGCUGCAGCUAGUAUGGAUGAUGAAAUAAACGCAAACGCUGGAAGUUUCGCCGGAGCAGCGAGUAACGUCGACCGAGCGAAGCUACUUUCCUCUGAAGACGGGGAUCAACAUGAUCUACAAGUGACUUCUUACGAGGAUCAACAACCAGAAGAUUUUGAAGAAGGAAAUUCGAUCGAGGCCAGUCCGGCGCUGGUGAAAAUGAAUAGUGCCCAGCAGCAACGACGCUCCGGCAAUCCCAUCACCGCGUACGCGACUGUGACUUCGAAGUCUGUUUUUCCGCCCGGGAUGGCGGAUACUGCAACUGCCAGUCGGGAAAGAGUGCCUCCACCGCCACCGCAAGGGAACAUCAAGAUGAGUUCCCAGCAACAACGUGCAGCCGGCGGCCGCGGCUCGUCGCCAGGGAGUAAUAAUUACCAGCAGUCCUCUCCACCUUCCCUUGACCCUAGAUACGUCCUGUUAGACGACGGCGCUGGGCCGGAUAACAUCGAGCAAGAGAUCUAUUCUCCGCCCCAAACGGUCCGACUGUUGAUCCAAAGGGAUAACAGCGGGAAAAAGCAGGUGAAGGUGUUGCAGAAGGAUGAAGUCGUUCCUCCGAUCGAACCUCCGGUAGCUUCUGUUGAGUCGAAGGCGAAAAGUAAGAAAGCGUCAGCGAAAAAAGGUACCGCUACCGCAAAAGGAAAAGCGAAGGCAAAAGCUACGGGGGCUUCUCCUGCAGCAGCAGCAGCGAGUUCGCCGAGUGACAAUGGUGCAGCUACAGCAGGACCACCGCUUGCAGAGGGCGAAGCCGCUAGUCCAACGGAGAUCCAGGGCGGGUACCGGCGGGAGAGAAGGCCGCUGGGUGCGAAGGCGAAACCAGCUGGACGCGCGAAGGCACGGCCGAAGGGGAAGACGCGAACGGGUGGUGGUGGCGCCAGAACUGCGAGUGCGGACGACGAUGCAGUUACGACUCCGGGGGCAGCUGCAUCAGGAGAACUACAACCAGCGCCGCAAACAAACCUGAAGAAGGACCAAAUUUUAACGACCGCUGGCGCAACGAGUACUUUUACCGGGGUAGAAGUAGUAGACACGCGUCCAGUUGUAACCCAGGAAGAACACCUACUGGAGCGCACGCGCUCGCAGGCCGCGGACGUGCGGCCAAGGAACACCCAGUUUCAGAAAAACACGGCUUUGUUCAAGCAAGACCGGGUUUUGAAGCCGAAGAAUUUCCAAGAAAAACUCCUCGAAGUCCUCACCCGGUCGAAGCAGUGUCAGGUGGGAGAGUACGAAGACUUCCCGUUUUUCGAUUUUCAACCGAAAAAGUUGGGGUUACCAGACGAUCCGGAGUUGAACGCGAAUGCAGUAGGACGAACGACGGGCAAUAAUAUCAGUCACGCCGCGCUCCACUCGGCUCUGGCUUCCAUGUCCCACGAACUGCGGUCUUUGUACAAUGAACGGGAAAGCGUCAUUACGGUCUACGAAAACGAGAUCGAGAGGCUGCAGGCGCUGGUGCAGAUCGCGUUUCAGAAAUUGGAGGAAGUUUUAACCGUCUUAUGCAUCGCAAAAGUAUCGUGCUCUUGCAAAUUGCAUCACAAAUUUUUCCAGAAGGAAACCUGGAAUUUGUCAUGCUGAUUGUGGUAAAAAGGGAAACUUGUCAUGCUGGACUGCCCUUUAUAUUACGAGUGCGAUACUUAUUUUGCAGUUGAUACGAGUACGACGACUACAAUGUGGUGUUCGUGGACGAUGAAAUCGAAGACGAAAGUUUGCGGAAUCGGAAGAGAAAGAGGGCUUUGUCCACCUCUUCGGGUGAUGUUCAAGAAGUUCCUCAUCAUCUUGAAAACCAAGCUUUAAACACCACCACCACUGUAUGCAAAAAAAAAAACUGCGUUAGUGUAAGUUUGUGAUGCAGAAAGUGCAAAACCGUUACACUUGUCAUGCUAGCUAGCUUUGCCCAUGCAGCGCUAUAAUUUCGUGCGUGGUGUUCUCACGUACUGGCUGCGCAUGACAAGCUUUCUCUGUCAUGCGAAACAGAUUUGUCAUGCUGCAACCGCAAGACACCUACAUCACAGUUUUUUUCUUGGAUAGAGCGGCUCUCUGACCGUCGAAUCCAUUCUGACCGAUCCGAACUUGGUGAAUCACGGGAUAGGGUAUCCACAAAAAAUUUCCUGUAGACGUCCAAAAAAUGCGGUUUCGGCAUCACAAAGCUCGCCUUCGAUCCUAGUUAGCAUGACAAGUGCCAUGCUCUAAGUUGGGGAAAUUUGUGAUGCAUUUUGUACGUGUACGGGAAAUUUCCAGUGGAUAUAGGGAACAAAGACGCGGAAAAGGAGGACACGAAGUUCAAGUCGCUGCUGGCGCGAAGUUACGCGUUUUUGAAAGAGGAGUUAGAGCCGGAAGCGAAAACUUACCAGUACUUGCAGCGGACGGGGUCGUUUGGGAAAAGGAAGAGCUUGCUGUUGGCGGAUAAUAGUAAAGGUGGCGCGACUGGUUCCAGUAAGAAUAAGAAAACCUCGAGCAAAAAGACUAAUAGCAACCCGUUUGGUGCAGCAAAAAGUCAAGGAUCAACAUCCGUACCAGGUGCAGUAGCGACUGUCGACGGAAUGAAGAAACGUGCUAUAGCCGCAAAAGAGAUAAUGACAAGCAAUUCCGCUCAGAGUAAUCCGGUCCGCGGAGGAGCGACAGCUUCCGCUGCUGCUGUACCAAGGAACAACAUGACAACUUUUUCGCAACAAGAAAACAACGACCCCGCGAGCUCUUCCUCUGCAGAAGACGAGGAACUCCACGUCCAGCUGAAGCAGCUCGCGUCCUUACGGCAGGUCGAGAUGAAAGCGGCGAAGAAACUGCAAUUACAAUUCCGCUCGAAGAUUUUCCGGAAAUUUCUGAAGGAGAUAUGCAUUGCAAAUGCAUCGUACUAGUUCAAAUCGCAUGACAAAUCGUUCCAAAAAGAAAAAUGGAACUUGUCAUGCAGAUUGUUCAGGUGAGAAAUCAGAUCUGUAAUGCUAGACUGGCACUCGCAUUUGUAAGAGUACGAUGCUUUUGGUUUUGGAGUGCAUAAGGGAUGGAAGUAAACAAAAAACUCCCGCCCCGUCCGAGUGACGACAAUCGGAAAUUUAUCGCGAAGCAAAUUUGCGAAGAGCUGUUUGCCGCGCCAGGGGAGAAGCCACCGAGGGCUUCCAUAUCAAAUGCAAAAAUGUCUGGGUCUGGAAGGUUGGAACUUGUGAUGCUAACUUUGGACUCUAAAAAAAUCUGUAUUGCAUGACCAGCAAGUAGAGGAGUCUAGUUUGUGCUACGCGGGGAAGGCGUUGUCAUGCGGAGUAGGCAUCAGGAAGCCUUCUAAAAAUCUGUGACGCUAGGUCGUGCAUUACAGACAUCCUGGGUCAUGCAAAAAAUGCAUGACAAGUGCUGAGACUUGAAGUCUCAGAACCUUCUGCAUUUGAUAUUCCAGCUUGAUCAACGAUCCGGUCGGGGUUUUGAUUGCGGUUUUGCGGAAAAAGGAACAAACUGGGAAGGCGGAGUUACCGGUGAAUUUGACGCAUUUUUACUAUCCGGAAGGAGGUCUGGAGGAGGGAAACGAUAACGAUGACGGGAUCGAGGAGAAAGGAGAAGGAAGUAGAGGUGGAGAUGUGCAUGUUGUUGAAUCACAAUCAAGUUCUAUCUAUCGGCGGGGAAAGAAGAUGUACCUGGGAGGUCUCGACAUAAUCCGAGCUCCCUCUCAACCAGGAGCAGCACAUCAACAGCGAUAUAAUUCCAGCCGGGGCCGGAGGAAAGAGAAGUUGGAAGAGGAGAUUGGGAGACUGAAGCUGCGGUUAGAAACUUCCAAGAAGAGAAAGGAACAGAGGAAGGUGGAGAAGAGAAAUGCGGUGCGGAAACUGAGAAAGGAUAGAGAAGUAGAUGCCGCGGACGAGAUCGAGAGUGAAAAAACAAUCGAAGACGUUCAUGCGCUAGCGCGUGAGGUGGAAGAGCAGCAGGACGAGGGGGAGGAUGUGAAGAGUAUCAGUAUGGUAGAUUUGCAGAGGCUGCUGCGGUAAGAUUUCUAUUGUUCAGAGUCUCUGGCUCUGUAGUUUUGUGGACACAACGUUUCAAGAACUCGAACGUCAACGGAACCAAAAAUAAGUGGUACUCGUCUUACGGUUACGAUCAGGAUCGUGACCGUGUCAGAUAGAGCAAUUUUCACAAGGUGAGUAAGUACACUAGAUCUGUGGUGGUUGUUGAUCUCACAAUUGACAAGACUGACUUGUGACGAGCUGAUGCCUGAACAAUGUGGUACUUACUUGAUGUUGGUUUCAAAGAAAACAGAAAGAAAAGCUUACAAUAAAAAUGAAUACAGCCUCGUGCUGUUGUUUCCAUCGCAGCGUACUUUGCUAUUGCUCGUUGAUCUACAACUUGAGUACUUGUCAACGAAGAUUUUUCACAAGUAAACUGUUCAAGGGCGCAGUGAAGAUGUCUAGUUGUUGUAGAAGAUGGUAGCCGCGAUAAAACUAAAAGACUGGCCAAGAUCGCCCUCAUUCUCGAUGCGCGCGAGAAAGAGUACAGACGUUGGCGAUGAGUACUGCACCCGACGCUGUCACUACGUACAUGUUCACCACGUUGUUUUACCGUCUUCAAU